AGAGUAGUAUCAUUUCUUUCUCGGUAACGCCUACUUGUUCUGGAUGUUUACCUAAUAAUAAAUGAUCUAAUAUUAUAAGAAAGAACCGAAGGUCGUAUUAUAAACAGCUUAAUUUUAAUAAACACCAUGUUACUUAUUUUUGAAGAUUCACAAAAAGAUCAUCUGUCGUUCUUAGCAGAUUUAGAUGCCGAAGGUAUGUAAGCUGUAAAUUAAAAAUUAGAAUAACGGUAGCCGGUAGUACUGUACCACUAAUUAGUCAGUGCCUACGCUACACAAAUGGAGUUUAAAAAAAAAAAAAAUUAGUUUUCUUAAAUACCGUGCCGGUACUAUUAUUUAAUACUUACAUAUUAGCCAGACUGGCAAAUGUUGGUUUAAAGGGAGAGAAUCCUACACUGAAACUCAAAGAGGCUUUGUACUUUGUUAAAGAGGCGCUAGGAACCAAUAUUAAUAUUAUAUUAGCCGUAAUAGUAAUUAAGUUAAUUCGCUCCUCGGUCCUCAGAACAGUGGUCCCAAAUGUCAAAUGGAAUACUAAUAAUAAUAAUACUAUUCCUUAGAAAGUGUUUGGCUACCAGCGUAAUAGCCGCCGAUAAUUGGUGAUGUAUUUGUUUACGUCCAAUGCCCUAUUUAAUUUAAUUUUAUGCAUUUUUUUGAAGAUCACGAUCUUUAUCAGCCUCUUUAUCAUCAUCAUCUCCUGAAAGAAAUGAAAUCUCUUGUUGAAUCUACUUCCAUGAGCCCACGUUCUGGAACCAGCUCCCCUUCCAUAUCCAUCAUUGUGAAACCUCGUCCACUUUUAAAAAGUCCCUUAAAACCCAUCUGUUUAGGUCCGCCUAUGACCUGUGAUGCACCCUCCUUGCCCUGCCUCAUUUUCUGUCUCGGGUUAAUCCUGUAAUAUAGGCCAAAACAUGCCAAAGUGUCCUCGUUUUAUAGCCAUUUUAAUUGUUUCUAUGGUAUAGUAGUUACUAUCCUAAUGUCUCAUUUUUAUUUUAGUUAGUUUACAUGUUUUUAAUAAUUGUAAAGCGCUUAGAGCUUUAAGGUAAGCGCUAUAUAAAAAUGCCUAAAUAAAUAAAUAAAUUGCUGUUUCUUUGAGAUGGUGUUCAGCAAGCCACACUAACCAAAACAUGCUGCCUACAAUGCCUAUGAACUGGCGCUUGUGGCCUUCCGGCCAUGGUAUUGUUUAUUUUAAAUUAUUACAUGCAAUAAUUAGUCUGCAAAAAAAAUUAUGUCACCAAUUCUUGGCAGCUAUUACGGUGGUAGCAGGACACUUUCUCACAAAAAUUAUUCUAUUUUUAAUUUGGCACCGCCAUUCUGAGGAUUGCCAUAAUUAAUACCUAAUAUAGUUAAAAUGUUAGAUAUAGCCUAAUAUUUUUUGGCUAAUUUAAAUUUAAUAAUAUUUCAUUGUCUUUUUUUUCAUUACACUCAUUAGUCAUGUCAUAAGGUUAAAGGCACUACAACUAAAUUCUACGGGAAUUGAUCGAUCCAGGCUAAGCCUAGUUGCAAUACCCUUUUACUCAAAUAUUGGUGGAUUUAAAAGUAGUAAUAUCCAAUCCAAUCGGGGCAAGUCUAGAAUGUCCAGAAAUUUCAAUAAUUAAAAAGGCUAAAUCUAUGGCAUUUGAACCCUCUCUGAUCUGUGGGCCCAGAGUGUUAUGGCGAAAAAGACGAAAGGCUGAUUUAUCGGCCCAAUAACAAAAGACUUGAGAUUGGCUCGCUGUUCUUGCUACAAGCUAAUCAGAUUGCUUCUCACAUUUCUUGCUCAUCUAGACAUGUAAAUGGCGGCUUCAAUUGAUAUUUUAAAGUGUUCUGUCAUUUUAUAUAAAAAAUAUUUGUACCUAGUGACAUCUUUAAAUGCUUUAAAAUAUGUAACCUUGAAAUAUGCCAAAAAACAUAACAGCCCCAGGGGAAUAUUUUAUGCAGUUUUUCAAAUUGAAUCUAAUUCAGAUAUGGGUAAAGGCUUAUUUAGGCUUCAACAAUCAUAAAAUUUAACAAAUUCUGCAAGUAAGACACUUUUAUUCAAAAUGUGAAGAAAACAAAUUGCAUGCAUAAAUUAUGCAAAUAAGGGUGCCUCAUUUGCAAAAAUGUUGAGAUUUCAGUUAGAUUCAUAAAUAUUUUAUUUGUUUAUCAAUUUCCUACAAGAAUAUAUAUAGUAAAGUAAUUAGUUUAUUUAAAAAAAAUUAUUUUGCUUGUGAAAAGGGCUCCAUCAUUUUGGCACAGUCCAAAAAAGCCCCAUCUCAAGAGGGUUAUGCCAAUUUUAAUGGAACAGCCUUUUAAUUUUAACUCCAUUAUUUAUUUGGCAUAGGACCCUCUUUCUUAGGCAUAACUAAAGCAGUAUGUUAUGGAAUGGGCCCCCACUUGAGAACAGGAUCCCCCUGGGAAUGUGAUCCCACUGAGGAAUAGGAUACCACUCGGGAGUGGGAUCCAACCAGGAAACAGGGUCCCUCCUGGUCAUGGGAUCCCACCAGGUAACUGGAUCAUAACAGGAAUGGAUCCCAACAGGAAAUGGAACCAAACUGGCAUGUGAUCCAACUGGGGAACAUGAUCUACCAGGGAAUGGAAUCCCAAUGGGGAAUGGGAUCCAAUUGGGAGAUAAAAGUUACAAAAGUUUUUAUAAAUGGGUUUUUUAUAUGAGAUAAUUUUUAAUUGAUAUUUUUUCUUUAGCGACAUGUUUCUUACAGGACCCUGAAUUUCGAUGUUAACUAACAGGAUGUAGAAGUUUGGCUAGUUAUUUCUAAAAAUUCUUAACCUGGGCUGCCCUUAACCAUCAGGUGUUAUGUGAGUCAGUGGGUGCUGGAAGACCCAGAAAAUCAGGUUUAUUUGUAUUUUUAUUAGGUAGUCUUUUUGCUGUUGAAGUUUGGAAAAUAUGUUUUGAUAUCGAGAUGCGAAUGCAGGAAAUGUUUUGAAAUCAAGAGGGGGGUGCGGGGCGAUACAAAAAGGUUAAGAAUCCCUGAUUUAAAUAAUUAGGCAUAUAUUUUUAUUUCUUCAUAAUAUUUUACUUUUAAGGUGACCAACUGUACUAUUUUUACCAGUAUUGGAAGUAAAGCUGUUACUAGUGUUACUCUUUUGUUGUUUUUUUUACCUUGAUCCUUGUAAGUGGUGAGCUGUUACAAUUACAGUUUAAGACUACAAUAUCAAAAACAAUUAAUUUAUACAAAGAUUGAGUUCAUCUGAUUUCCAGUUUAAACAAAAAUAUUUAUGUUUCAGUUUUGAAAGAAUUUGGCAAGAUUUCUCUGAAUUUUAUUCGUAAAGGAGCCAACACAAAGAUUUUCCAAGGAGCAGCUCGUAAGUGAAUAAUGAGCUAUUAUCCUUUUUAAAAAAAACAUCUCACACUCUGAUUUUCAUUAAAUCAGUGAGUAGUAUAUUUUAGACCAGCCUGUAAAUUUAUUUCUUUAUUUUGAUUUUUUUUCUCCUGUGUAGAUAUUCUAUAGGAUCAUCAUUAAUGUUUUCAAAUAAAUGGUUUAACUUCUCAAUUUUUACAAGUAAUUACAACAAAUUAAAAUUCUGUUCAUGAUGGGUGAUGUAGAGAACUUAAAUUUUUCUGUUAUAUGAAAUUUUGAAUGUUAACACAUUUAAUUAACUGGUAAUAACUUAUUGAGGCUUUACUAUUACAUUAAAAUUUAUAGUUCUAGCAAGGAAAAAAUAUGCAUGUUAUUAACAUUUUAGUUGGGAACAAAGAACAUCACUUUAAAUAACACCAUUUGCUUGUAGCCAUUGUUUUUAAUGACAGAAAAGCUGGGAGUACCAGUUGACACAGUCCAGCAUGGGGUAGAGGCUCUGAUGUAUCUCUUGACUGAAAGCUCAAAAUAUUUGGUAAUUUAAGUCCUUACAGUAAAUCUUGAAUUUAGUAAAGAUUUGGCCAGUAUUUCUUUACAAAAUUAACUUGUUUGGCCAUGGUAAAAUAUUAACGAAAGACCAGUUUAAACUUUUGUUUUACGGUAGAGAAUUCUAUAUUCUUUGGUUAAAAGUGUCAGCUAUGUUUUUAAAUAUAAAACCGCUGAUGCCUAAAAGUUAACUUAGUAGGGUACAUCCAAAUUUUUAAUGCAUGGAUGACAAAUCUACAACGUUGCUUCUACUUCUAUUACAAAAAGGUUGAAUGACACUGGCUGUCAAGGUCAGUAUUGGUCUUAAUAAAAUUAAGAAACAUCAGCUACAGGAUGAAAUGAGUUCCCCAAUAUCAAAAGAAAACUGAUAUAUCCAUGGUCUUUUUUUCUUCCUGCAUCAAAAUUGAAUGCUGUUUUCAAAUUGUCCACCUUACAAAGUGUCUAACAUUUACUGUCAGAGAGAUGCUAUAUCUGCCCAAGGAUAAUGAAGUAAAUCUCAAAAGAUUUAUGAGAUGAUAAAAUUGAGUGGUUACUUAACUUUCAUUAUGAAUUUUAUCUAAUAAUAAUAAUGAUUUCUCUUCCUGAUGAGGACCCCUGUAAUUAUCAGACCUUUCCUGGGGCUUGUUCUGUCAGUGGGUGCACAGAUGCAUUCAGUAAAAAUCACCUCUACAUGCAUAGGAGCCAGAAUGAUCAAUAAAUUGAUCGUGGGCCCUUGAUAUGUUGAAAAAGAAGACUCCUUGCUGUUCAUUUAGCUAUUGAUGUAUCAUAUUAGAUUUUGAAGAAGUUCUUGGAUUUUUGAAGUGAUAAUCAUAGAAUUUUUGGGCUAUCGAGCUUACAAAAAUAAAUGCAAAUUAGUUGUAUAAAAAUAAAAGUACUGGUAAAUCUGAAAGAAAAGUGUCUGGAUAUAGCUGGAGAUUUAAACAAUAAAGAUCUUAACAAUAUUUAUUUCAUGCUUUUUGUCUUAUAGUUAAAGUGUUGUUGAAAUUUUGCUUCUAAACUAAGAACAAAAAAAUGGAUUCUUUUAAUUACAGUUACAGUAUAAUAUAUUUUUUUAGUAUUAAAAAAAAAUGAAAAUUUUCUCUCAUUUAAAAAUUUCUCUAAUUUAAAUAGUUAAAUGAGAUUGACUUUCAAGACUCCAUCAUGACGUUGGGAUUCGGGGACGAGACAAGAUCUUCAUUACUGGCACUUUAUUUGGAACACCGUAGAGAAAUCAGAGACAUUUUAAAUGAAAUGAGUUUAGACCUUCCACACUACCACAAUCUUGAGUGGAGAUUUGAUGUUCAGGUGAGCAUAUCAUAAAAAAGCAAUGAUAUAUUACGGUACAUGAUGAAUAAUUAAAUAUUUGCUGUACAAUGUUUUGAAACCAAACCUUGAAGUAACUAAACUAAGGAGAUAUUAAUUUGAUGAUAAAAUUUGUGCAUUUACCUAGUUUUUAUUUAGAAAAAAUAGCUGUGAGUGAAAAUCUUAAAUCCAUGGCUUGCCCUAUUCAGAGCCAUCAGGUGACCUUUCGAGGCCCUCUGCCACUUUUCCGUUUUGUGCCACCUGCAUUAAAGGUUAAUAUUUUAUAUUUGUCCACAUCACAGAUUUGAGCCCCUUAACUUUAACAAUCAGAUGCCCUCUGCAGCCACAGGGGUAUGAGUGCCAACGCGACGGCUCUGUCCUAUUUCAAGUGCCCAUGUUAUUUUUUUAGGUUUGGUUUGGAUAUUACCUGCUUGGGACCUUAAUAGGUGCAGAACAUUCCUGAAAAAUGUUCAAUCUCAUCCUACCCAACUGGUCUUCUCUUUGGGUGUAGUGGUUUGCUCCAUCAGUUGUUGACUUUAUCAUGUACCAAAGUCCCUUGCUACUACUGGGCAGUGAUUCUUGCUUGACCAGGAUGUUGUUGAUGUGCAUGUGACUUGUGUCUCAGUCCUUGCAUCACUACAUACCAAUGACCAGGAUGUUGUUGACAUGCAUGUGAAUUGUUUCACAGUCCUUGCAUCACUGCAUACCAAAUUUAAAAAAGAUUUGAUAAUUUUAAAAACUAUCUUUCAGCUUGCCAGCAGAUCUCUACGUCAUCAAGUGAGUCCAUCCAUACUGAUGAAACUGCAGACGAUGGAUGGAGACAAGAAAGAGAUGAAAAUGCUCCAAACUGAUCCGGUCAACCUGGUACACAUCACUAGGGUGCUGGAGGAAGCUUUGCAAGAAAUGAAGUCGGGAUAUUGUAGGAGGAUCACUCGAAAUAUAAAAUAAAGAUAUUUCAUUUUGUUAAAUUAACGUACCCAGCCGGUGACUUCGAGCUUCGCUCGCUCAUUUCAUGCAGUCACAGCAUGUUGUAGAUCAUCACUUGUUGUAAAACAUAUUCUGACACGCAACACACAGAUUGAGAAACUUUGUAUUAGAUUUAAAGCAGUUGAAGAAAGAUUAUUUUUUUUAAGUCAGUAUGUAAGUUAAUGUAUAAAUCAAUAUCAUUAUGUUAUGUGAGUUAAUGUAUGACUUGAUAAAUCAAUAUCAUUUGAUUUAUUUUCACUGCUAAAAACAUGUUUGGAAGAAUUGUUUAUGAAUGAAUGGCUUAGCUGAGGGACAAAUAUAAGGACAACAAUGUAAAAAUGUGGGGUUUGGUUUAACAGAUGGAUUGAAAAAUAAAGUUUGCUUGUUAGAAGUCAUUAAAAAUUGGUAUAUUUAAAUUGUGAAAUAUGAGAUUGGAUAAAUUAACAUUGAAAUUAAUGAGUUUAGUUUUUCUGCUUCAAUUUUAAAUUAAAAAUUAUGUAUGUGUUGCAAACAUAUGAAAAAUAUGCAUGCCACCAGGAUAUAUACUUACAUGUUGAACUGGGAUUUAUAAAUAAUAAGUUUAGCUCAUUAAAGAUUAUCGCAUUCACUCUUGUGGAUCACUCUUGUUGAAAUCCUUCCUGAAAUAAGUGGCCCACACUUUGCUUCAUUAAGAGAUUUAUUCUUACUCUCAUACGAUCUAUCCCACACAUUCCCCUCCCCCCCCAGAACAAACUGAUUUAUCCACACUCUCACACUCCCUCUCCC